CUGCCACAAUGGUGACGCAAGUUUGUGACGUCACGCAUGAGUUGCCGCCAUGACGGCGCUCGUCAGUGACGUUAUAGCUACAUCUGCCAUCAUGGCGGCUCAAGGCGAAGUCACCCUCAACGGGGAGCUCGGAGAGCCUUCAGCCACAGAGGGCGCCGUGGUCCCCGCACCACCUGACCCAGAGACGCCAGACGAGGACGGGACGUCUGGCGACCCAGACAGUGCUUCCAUGUGUCUUCCUCCAGCUGCAGAGGACGAGGCGGGUGCGAUGCCAGCAGACUUUGAGCAUCUGUGGAAGGCCGCACACGACAGCCCUCAUGACUUCUCCGGCUGGACUGACCUGCUGCAGUACUGCGAGCAGGAGGGACACUUGGCGGCAUCACGGAGAGCCCUGGCGGCCUUCCUCGCCCGCUAUCCCCUCUGCUACGGCUAUUGGAAAAAAUAUGCUGACUUGGAGCGCCGUGCUGGCAACGACGACAAAGCGUCGGCGGUGUGCGUUCAGGGUCUGCGGUCCAUCCCUCUGAGUGUGGACUUGUGGAUCCACUACAUCAAUCUGCUGCUGGGAACCCUGGACAUGGACCUGCCCGAGUCGGCCGAGCGGAUUCGCAGUGUGUUUGAGGACGCGGUGGCGGCAGCGGGCCUGGACUUCCACUCGGACCGGCUGUGGGAUCUCUACGUGGAGUGGGAGAAGGAGCAAGGAAGCCCGGGGAAGGCUGCAGCCAUCCUGGACAGAGUCCUCAAGGUUCCCACUCAGUUGUACAACACCCACUAUGACAAGUUGAAGGCCCACCUGAGCAGCCACGAGCCGAGGGAGGUGCUGUCCCUGGAGGAGUACGAGGAGCUGAGGGCCUUCUGCCAUCAGAGCCGGAAAGUGGAGCGUGCCGAGCAGGCCAAGGACAAGGAAGAAGAGAGGCCACCUGGGGAGGAGGAGCUCGCCACGCCCAAAGGCGCAGACUCCGAGGAGAUGAUGCGGAGGAUUAGAGAGCAGGUGCUGCUUCGCAGGGACAAAGUCUACCAGGAGAAUGAAGAUGAGGUCCGCAAGAGGUGGCACUUUGAAGACGCUAUCAAACGUCCUUACUUCCAUGUGAGGCCGCUGGAUCACGCCCAGCUGCGAGGCUGGCGCUCCUACCUGGACUGGGAGAUGGCUCAGCUCAAGGCAGACGGCCAGGACCUCAGCAGAGACACGGAGGAGACGGCGGCGGACGUUACACACGCCAGAGACGACCACAGACUUCGGGUUCUGUUUGAGCGCUGCCUGAUAGCCUGCGCGCUCUAUGAGGAGUUCUGGACCCGGUACGUGGAAUACUUGGAGCCGCUCAGCGUGGACGAGGCUCGUGCCGUCUACAAGCGAGCCUGCGAGAUCCACCUGCCAUCCACGCCCAACAUCCACCUGCAGAGAGCCACCUUCGAGGAGAAGCACGGUGAUGUGGCCCAGGCUCGGCGAGUGCUGGAGGCUCUGGAGAAGAACAGGCCGGGUCUGGCGGUGGUCCGCCUGCGCAGGGCCGCCCUGGAGAGGAGGGCGGGCCGGCUGGAGCGCUCGGAAGCUCUGCUGCGGGAGGCCGUGGCUCAGUCCAAGGAGAAGCCCGCGCUGCACGCCUUCUACGCCAUCAAGCUGGCUCGGCUGCUGCUCAAGCUGGCCGGCGACCCCGGCGGAGCUCGCGCCGUCUUGCAGGAAGCGCUGGAGAUCAGCCCGGGCAAUGCCAAGCUGCACCUCAACCUGCUGGAGCUGGAGCUGGAGGACGAGCCCUGGUCUUCGGGCGAGGCGGUGCAGGGCUGCGUGACGCGAGCUCUGGCGGCUCCGCUCGCCUCGCACACCAAGCUCUGCUUCUCACGGCGUGGCCUCCAGUUUGCCGAGGAGCACGGCCGCUCCAUCAGAAGGUCAUCAUCGCAUCAGUCAGGUGCCGCUGUCCCGUGGUCUUCUCUGACGGUCUGUCCCCGUCCUCCUCCCAGUGUCAUGGCCGUCUAUGAAGAACACCAGAAGCUGCUGACGGAGCUGAGCGCCACCAAGAGGGAAGCACAGAACGGGAAUGAAGAGCCAGAGAAGAAGAGCAAAGGCGAUGACGGCUCGGUGGCGGACGGAUCUGCACAAGCUCCAGAUGCCACGCCUCCCGUCCCCAUCACCACGCCGCCUCCGCCGGACACGAGCGGCCAGGCCGGUUCUGGCGUGCUUGGCGGCUGGUAUCAGCAACCUCAGUACUGCGGUUACGGCUACCACACCUGGAACUACAACCAGGGCUACUAUCCACCCAGCUAACCGGGGGGACAACUCCAACCCACUGGAAUCUUUUCCUGAUGAGGGUCGGUGUUGAUGGAGAUGAGAAGCAUGAGCUUUGUAAAGCAGGACUAUUUCCCAUGUGACGUUGCAGGCCAGCAUGCUAUGGUGACGUAAGCUAAAGCUGCGUGUUCCUGUUUUCAUCCUAUGGGAGCGUUCCUCCAAACAGCUCUCCAGUUGGCUUCCAGGGACAUAAGACAACAUGGCUGCGGUUCUCCAGAGUCAGCUUUAUUUCAAGUCAACUGUCAAUGAAUUGAGACUUAUUAAAAAACUGGCAAAGUAGAAUCUCACAAAGUCAGGAUGUUGUGAAGUUAAAUUAAGGCCCUUUGAAAUAAACAAGCGUUUACUUUGUUCCAAUGUUGACCAAUCAGACGCCAACCAGCUUCCCCGUCUUUCCAGCGACUGCGUCCAAUGGGAGCAGCAGUUUUAGCAGAUGUUGGCACCUGGUGGCCGUCUGUUGCAGGUUGGGUAGAAGUGGAGGCGGCGAGGUCGGCUCCUGAAGCCAAGCCUUCACUUUUUGGUAACGACCAGCACAGCUGAAGGCACCAAACCUGGGGAGGCGUGCAAAAGAUGCCCAUGACAAUUUAUUCUCCACAUUAUUAUUAUUGUUAUUAUUACUUAUCUUCUUUUGUGUCUGUUAUAUGGGAGCCAGGCAAUGACAUUUCGUUGGCAAUUUCACUACUGUGUUUUUGUGCAAUGACAAUAAAGGGAGUCUAUCUAUCUA